UUUUCAUAAGGAGAAUUAGAGUAAAACAGAAUAGCCAGCGCUGGUCUAUUUCGCUUGCCCUCUGUCACUAGACAUCUGCCUGGAUUCCAAUCAUGGCGAAUGCGUGAGUAUCUCCCUUUCCAUCGAAACACACCUGGCCACGUCUCCCCGAGAAUCCGAGCUCAGCGGUUGACACUUUUCUAAACCCAUCCACAGCAUCGGCUCAGCAUGGCGGUCCUUUUGGCAUACGAUGACUUCUUAUGAUCGCCAUGCUUCCCAUGACUCGCCAUAUCGAACCGGUAAACAUGUGCCUCUUAGUCAAAGUCGACAUGAACCUCUCACAUCCAUUGCAACAAGCGCUAUCGAAUCUCGACCCGAUUUGACUUCCCCGUAUGAUGACGAUCAGCCCAAGGGCUCAAAUGGCUGGUCCGGCUCACCUACGGGAGGGGGCUCGCCCAAUCGCCCAUACUCUCCUGGAAUGCGAUCAUUGUCAUCUCAGAAGCGUCAAUCCGCAGACCCCAAUGCGGAUGGUGCCCCAGAGAUUCAAAUGCAAAGUUUCCAUGAUGGUGCUCCGCCCCCUCCCCCCAUCGCUCAUUCAUGGAGGAAGAUUGAGAAAUGGCUGGAGAACAACUACCAGGAGCUCUGGGACAAUCUAUGCGAGGGCUGCACUCAAAAUGACAUCAACGAACUGGAGCACGAACUGGACUGCAGCCUACCGUUGGAGCUGCGGGAAUCUUUGAUGGUCCAUGAUGGUCAGGAGCGGGGAGGACUGCCCACCGGUGUCAUCUUCGGCUGCAUGCUUCUGGACUGUGAGGAAAUCGUUCAAGAAUGGAAGAACUGGAGGGUAGUCAACGAGGAGUUUUUGAGCUCAUCGAUGAUGAACGCUCCUCCAAGGGCAACUCCCAGUUCAUCGUCCGCUGUGCCCCCUGCCCCGGGUGCUAAUGGUGCUUGGAGAAACGACCUGCUCGAGCGACAGGAAUCGCAGCCUCCCGGUGCAGUCCAGAAGGCCUAUGCCCAUCCGGCUUGGAUUCCCCUGGCUCGCGACUGGGGCGGCAACCAUAUCGCUAUCGACUUGGCCCCAGGACCUGCUGGAAAGUGGGGACAGGUUAUCAUCUUUGGCCGGGACUACGAUUGUAAAUACGUCAUUGCUCGGUCCUGGGCUGCCUUCCUUGCGACGCUAGCAGAUGAUAUUUGCAGUGGCAAGGUCUCUGUGGAUGAAGAAACGAAUGAGAUGAAGCUGUUGGAAUUCAAGUCGCAGAACGUGGAACCCCCUUACCUGGAGAUCUUGAGGUGGAGAACCGAUCAGAAGUAUGGCAGGAGACCACCUAGGCGCAAGGCUCCGAAUGGCUUGGGUUUGAGCACGGGCGGCAAGUCGGGCAAAGAGUCCCCCUAUGGCAGCCCAACUCCUAGUGAAGAGCGUGGAAGGUCUCCGCAUCGCUUCCCCAACCGGGGGGCUACUCAAAGCCCCAAAACUCAAUUUGGCAUGUCAAGUCCGCUGGCUCGUGUCACAGAAGAGGCUCCGAGUCCGGUGCACACCGUUGAGGAGACUGAGCUUCCAGAGCAGGCCGCCAAGAAGAACGAAGAAGAGCGUCAAUCCGAAGACUUGAUGGAGGUAGCUACGCCUCAAAUCGGCGGGAAAGAGAACGAGGGAGCCGGAAAGAGUGAGGAGCGCCAGUCGUUGGAAGCGGAUAAGGCGCAAAAGCGUGACUCGAAUCAACCGUCCUCGGCCACUGGCUUGGACGCCGAGGUCUUGGGUGAAAUGAAAAAUGUAGCGAUCUAGACCUCGUUUUGAGCGAUUGUUGCCUUAUGUUGCU